AUGUUUGCAGAAGGGUCUAGCGAGAGAGGUGUGGCUGGAGAUAUAAUCGAAGUUGCGGAGUGGAUACAAGGGAAAGUCGCAAAUUGCAAGAUGAGGGCUGGCUGUCUCGGUGGUGCAGGUACACCUUUGCUGUCGUCAGAGAGCUCUUCUUCAGUCGCGAAUUGGGUUCAUGAGGAACACACACGACUAUACACUUUGGACUCGCUUGUUCCACUCAUUGCUGUGGUCUACGCCAUGCCAGUAUAUAUGCGACAAUUGCUCCUCGCGAGCGGAACUAUAGUGCCUUGCGUGCUAAGGCGCUGGGGGCCUUUAAGCCAGAAAGGAUAUACUUCGCGUGUCCCAUGCCUUGUCGCCUGCUGCAAACAGUGCUUGCGGCUACAUCUCAGGGUAGGCUUGACACUGCUAUGA